AAAUACCUGGCGGUUUGGGCUGAUUCUAGCAACAGGCAAAACCAAGAGGCAAGAUGAGUCUGACUGCUGAGGACAAGGCUAUUGUCAAGGCCUUCUGGGCUAAGGCUUCUGGCCGGGCUGAGGAAGUAGGAAGUGAGGCUCUGUCCAGGAUGCUGGCGGUGUACCCACAGACCAAGACCUACUUCUCCCACUGGAAGGACCUGAGCCCCAAAUCCGCCCAGGUGAAGAAGCACGGAAAGACCAUCAUGGCUGGAGUUGGCGAAGGUGUGGCUAAAAUCGACAACCUGAACGCAGGUCUGCUGAAACUCAGCGAGCUGCACGCCUUCACCCUGAGAGUGGACCCCGCCAACUUCAAGAUCCUCUCUCUCAACAUCCUCGUGGUUUUUGCUGUUCUUCUACCGGCUGAAUUCACCCCCGAGGUUCACGUGGCUUUGGACAAGUUCCUGGCUGCUCUGUCUCGUGCCCUGUCUGAGAGAUACAGAUAAACGGCAUUUGAGAGCAGUAGAAAGUGACCGACAGCAGCAUGGGCUUGGAUUUACUUUGUCAGUCUGAAUACACAAAUAAAUAAUCAAAUGCAAAGAAA